CCGCCUCCAGCUCUCCUUCCCUGCUUCUUUCCCCACCCCUUUCCUCAACCCGAAGCGAAGGAAGGGCGGAGUGGAGGAGCCUGGCGAUGGGAUGCGCUCCCUGAGCAAAGAGGGGAGGAGGAGGAGGAGGAAGAAGAGGAGGAGGAGGAAGGUGCCAAGCGCGGGGCGCUUCCCCGGAGGGAUGCCGCUCCGGAGUCCAGCCAAGGCUGCUGCGCCUCUCCUCAGGUAAUUCUCAGAUGGCUCAAUGAAAACAAAACGAUGACAAGUUGUGGUCUACAGUCCUUAAAUACACUGGUGGUCGUGUUCUAUGUGCUCUUGCCAGCAGCCCUAUCUGCACAUUUCCGGGUCUGUGAGCCAUAUACAGACUACAAAGGCCGCUCCCAUUUUGGAUUCCACUGCCCACGCCUUUCUGACAAUAAAUCGUACAUCUUCUGCUGUCACCAUAACAACACCGUGUUUAAAUAUUGCUGUAAUGAGACGGAGUUUCAGACUGUUAUGCAGAUGAACCUAACAGUGGAAACGGAUGGAUAUAUGCAUAAUAAUUACAGCGCAUUGUUAGGCGUGUGGAUCUAUGGCUUUUUUGUUGUGGUCUUGCUGGUACUGGACCUUUUGUAUUAUUCCUCAAUGAACUACGAUAUUUGCAAACUAUACCUAGCAAGCUGGGGAAUCCAGGGGAAAUGGAUGAAACCGGAACCAAGUCGGUGGAUUAAACCUUCUCAGGACCCAAGACAAGCACAGACUCAGGCUCAACCUCAGCCUAUGCCUCAAACAUUGCAGACAGGACAUGCAUUGAAAGGAGAAGCUUUAAAUCCACCGCUGAUGUCUUUUCCAAGUUCAACUGCCUGAAAAAAACAUUUUGAUGUGCCUCAAGAUGGGAGAGUUAAGAUUGCAGUCCAAGAUGAGCAGCUUUGUCCAGCAAGGAGAAGAAAUGACUGAACAACUUAGAAAAACUCAGAGGAGAUGGCGAUUGAUCUAGUCGUUUGGUGAGGAGACGGUAUGCAAGCAAUGCCUUGAGAUAAAGAACGGCUGUCAUGAAAGAAGACAAAUGUGUUUGAGGGAAGGCUUACAGCAAUGAAAAACAAGUUGCUCCAGUGGGAUUCCAAGUUGAGAGUGGACAUAUACUACAAUGUGAACCUUAGGUAGUUAUAGUUUCUUUGCCUCCCUCAUCCAUUAAAUUGCCAUUUAAGCCUAACUCUUAAGUGUCGAAAUAAUAAAUGCAACUUUUUUCCGAA